CCUGAUCCUUCAGCCCGGGGAGAGCAGGACUGGGAGAAGGUUUUGACUUCAAAGAACAGGGAAGAUACGGAGACCAUGAAGAAAUUGACUCCAAAACAUGAGGCUAAAGGUGUGUCUUCUAAGGAUACUGACUGGCUCCAAGAGAAGAGAAGGCCCACAAUACUGGAACCAGUUACAUUCGAGGAUGUCACUGUGGUCUUCACGGAGGCAGAAUGGAAGAGACUGAGCUCUGAGCAGAAGCACCUAUACAAAGAAGUGAUGCUGGAGAUUUACAGGAAUCUGCUCUCGUUGGAACCGAAGCCAGAACUCCACCCCUGCUCCUCCUGCCUUCUGGCUGUCUCCUGUCAGCGAUUCCUCAGCCAACACGUGCUUCCCAUCUUCCCAGGUUUCUGUGCGGAACAUCACUUCCACCCAGGGCAUUCCAGCCCAGGGCAUCAGAAGCAGCCAGAGCGGCAGGAUUCUGAUCAGAGCUGCUGGAGGGAAAACACAGAAGGUCAAGAGAGAGAAGAAGUCUCCAGACCCUUGUGUGGGAGGAGAGGGGAGAGAGGGACUUCCAGGGCGUUCUCCAUCCCACCCCAAACACAGUCAGCAAGCUCUAGAGAAGGCAACACAGAGGUAGGAGUGGAGCUCAACUCAGCCCAAAGGGUAAAGUCUGUGGAAAGAAGUCAAGGGUUGAAGGAAUUAGAAACCUCAAGAUUUGGAGCAGUCAGCUCUAGAGAGGAUGAACCAGACUGUGGCAUGAAGUCAGACUUCAUCACACACCAGAGGUCCCUCUUACAGGAGAAGCCCUAUGUUUGUAGUGAGUGUGGCCAAAGUUUUCACCAGAAAUCACUUUUUUUUAUUCACUGGAGGACACACUCAGUGGAGCAGCCUUAUGUGUGCAGUGAGUGUGGCCAGGGAUUUACCCAGAAAUCAGUCCUCCUCAUGCACCAGAGGACACACUCAGGGCAGAAGCCACAUGUGUGCAAGGAGUGUGGGCGAGGGUUUAGCAACAAAUAUAAUCUUAUCAGGCACCAGAGUACACACUCUGGUGAAAAACCUUACUUGUGCCUGGAGUGCGGGCGAGGCUUUAACCAGAAAUCAACUCUAAUCAGCCACCAGAGGACACACUCAGGGGAGAAACCCUACAUGUGCCUGCAGUGUGGGCGGGGCUUUAACUGGAAAUCAUGCCUCCUUAUACACCAGAGUACACACUCCGGGGAGAAGCCUUAUGUGUGCAAGGCGUGUGGCCGAGGGUUUAAACAGAAAUCAAACCUCCUUAAGCACUGGAGGACACACUCAGGGGAGAAGCCACAUGUGUGCAAGGAGUGUGGGCGAGGCUUUAACAGCAAAUCAAAUCUCAUCAGACACCAGAGGACACACUCAGGUGAGAAACCUUAUGUGUGCCUGGAGUGUGGGCGGGGCUUUAACUGGAAAUCAUGCCUCCUUAAACACCAGAGGACACACUCAGGGGAGAAGCCUUACAUGUGCAAGGAGUGUGGGCGAGGCUUUUACUGCAAAUCAGAUAUCAUCAGACACCAGAGGACACAUUCAGGGGAGAAACCUUAUGUGUGCCUGGAGUGUGGGCGAGGCUUUAACCAGAAGUCACGUCUCCUCAUGCACCAGAGGACACACUCAGGAGAGAAGCCUUAUGUGUGCAAGGAGUGUGGUCGAGAGUUUAAAUGGAAUUCAGACCUCCUUAUGCACCGCAGGACACACUCAGGGGAGAAGCCACAUGUGUGCAAGGAGUGUGGGGAAGGAUUUAGCAUCAAAUCAAAUCUCAUCAGACACCAGAAGACACACUCAGGUGAGAAACCUUACGUGUGCCUGGAGUGUGGCUGUGGCUUUAACCGGAAAUCCCGCCUCCGUAUACACCAGAAGACACACCUGGGGUAGAAGUGGCCAAAGCUUUAGUCAGAAGUCAGGCCUCAUCACACAUUAGUAGAUACACUCAUAUAAGAAGUCUUAUGUUUGCAGUGAUUCCGGCCGAGGCUUUAACUGGAAACCGAGCAUGCUUAGGCACUGCAGGACAGACUCCAGAGAGAAGCCACAUGUACAAAGAUUGUGUUGUUGAACGCUGUAAGGGCAAGUCAGAUCUCAUCAGACACCAGAGGAUACACUCAAGUGAGAAACCUUACUUGCCUCUGGAGUGUAGGCGAGGCUUUAGCCAAGUCAGGCUUCUUUCUCCAUCAGGGGACACACUCUGGAGAAGCCACAUGUGUGCAGGGAAUGUGGGUAAGGCUUUAGCCAUAAGCAAACCCUCAUACAUCAGCGGGCUCACUUGGAUGAAGCCCUAUGUUUGCAAUUAGUGUGGCUGAGACUUUAAAUCAGUCCUCCUCUUACACCAGAGCACACAGAAUAGAAGCUUUAUGUGUGCGGGGAGAAUGGGCAAGAAUUGGGAGAAAGGCACACGUCAGUAUACAUCAGAGAAUAGGUUUUUGUUUUGGGU